CAGAACUAAACCCAGUGUUUAGCCAAAAUGUACAUCCAUCGUCCAGUUAGAAUCGGCAAGUCGGAACAAGCAGGAAACGGGCACCCGAAAUCCCAUCACCAAAUUCCUAUCCGGCCCGAUCUCGGGACUUCCGAACUUCAGUCAACUUCUUCCUACCCACGCUUCGAUGCAGGAAAUAAUCUCAAGGCUGUCAUAAGAUCAUAUACUAGAAACCCCUUGGUACAGACCAAAUUAUUCACUCGGCCUAGACAUAGACCCGACAAUCUAUCCGACUCUAGCGGAUAUCAUUGUAUCUGGAAGAUUCAUUUCAAACACUCUAAAACAAGCGCCGGAGUGAAUAUGAGUGUCGGCACCGGUAUCAACACUGACCAAGCACCGUCACCGACUGCGGCGCUAGCUACGGGGUUGCAAGGUGACAAUGCCGCCACUAGCACCGAGGCAAAACCAACUUCGAUGCCCGAGAAGGAAGAUGCACAACCAAAUGCAGAGGGAGGGUCAAAAUCAGAACGUGGGGACUCGGCAGCAACACGUUCUACGUCCUCACUGCUAGCAUCUCUGUGGUCCCCUUUCAGUUCGCUUCUACAAGGUUCAAAGCCAGUCCCGGUUUCGACUGCCAGUCCCGAAAUAUCAAAUGGAUCAAACUUAAUUGAGACUCAAACUACAAUCACAAACAACGAUAACGACACCAAAAACUCAGCAUCAUCAUCGUCAUCAUCGUCAACGUCAGCAUCAACCCAAGUUUCAUCAACCAACACCAACACCAAACCCGACUCCAAAACCCCAACCCCGCCAAAAGAACUAGAAUCACAAUCUCCGGAAGCAUACUACACCCCUAACGAGGUCCCCCUCUUCAAGGCCCUCCAGAAGAAGCGACUUAGCGGAACCCGCACAAAACAACUCCUCCGCGCCGCAUCCCGCGCAUACAACGAUCCCCCUCCUCCACCGGAGCUUGGGACCUGUUGCGGGAGUUCUUGUGACCCCUGCGUGAAUGAUCUGUGGAAGGAAGAGAGGGAUGUUUGGAGGGAGAGGUGGGGAGAUCGAAGGAUGGAGGGAGAUGGUGAUGGUGAUGGUGGUAGUGGAGGGAGGAAGGAGUUGGAGUGGUGAGGUUGAUGUUGAUUGAUACCCUUGAUGUAUUUAGAUUUAUAUAUGUAGUUUUCUAUUAGGAAAACGGUUCUGAGAUAUGAAAUGAUGUAGAAGUGCUUUUGUGGUGAUUCAUUUGAACUGUCACAGCUACAUGUACAUCAAUUCAAGAAAGGAGCAACGAAAAUGCGGCA